UCAUUGUAUUGUAUUUGUAUGUAACAGACAGCUUCAAUGUCGAUGUCAGUAGAGAAAGAAAGAUGAAAAGAAAGUGUUGUUUUUGUUUAUUUGAUUUGUUGUAUGAAUAAUACGACACAGCCUAAGAAGAUUAAUAGAGAAUUGUAUUAUGUGUAAAGUUAAUCGAUAGUUAUUCCGUUUUUUAAAAGAGGAUAAAGUAAUGUAUAAUUAAAGAGAAAUAAAAUUAUAAUCUGGAUUAAGAGGAAAGAAGCAAAAAAGAUGCAUUCUUGGCUGUCAGUGGAGUCUUUGGUGGUGCCUUCCACCCUGCAUUUAUAGCGAAUAAAGGAAAUAUCCUUCUAGACAGUGUCCAAAUUCAAGCUCAGAUAACAAAGUUUACAUGAAAGACAGCUCCUAAUGUGGUUGUGAAGAUAAUGCGGUUUUUGUGUCUGAAGAUUUCAAAAUAAUAUUAUACCCAGGAUUUUAUGGUUAGAACAUGGUCCAGUGCUAUUGUUUGCUUUUAAAAGAAAAUUUCCACUGAUUAAAAUAAAUUUAGCAAAUCCAUUCCAAUUUUUUGAAGGUAGAUUCAACAUGAUCUCAAAACCAACAAGAUUUAAAAAAAUAUUGUUGAGUUCUGUGAAUAAAGAUUCAUAAUUCAUCCAUGGAAAGCAAGAAGCCCUACAAAAACAUUGCUAUAUAUCAACUACUUCAAAUUUUGUGCCAAACAAUACUUUUAGUGUCAUCUUUGUUUUUAACAUAUUACAGCACAAAAAAUAAUAAUAUUUUAAAAGUAUUGUCAAAACAAACCUUAUAUUUGUGACGAUAGUGGUGAUAAGUUGAUACAGUGUAAAGUAAAUACAAGUAAUUACUUGUAAAAGUUUACUUUACGUAUUCUAUACGUAACUAGGCAAGUGGAAAAGUAAAUACAUGUAUCUUAAGUAACACAGGAGAACUCUUCUUAUAGGUAUACAAUGUGUAGCGAUAUAAGCAUUCCAGUUGAAGAUAUGGAGACAGAUGUGUUAUGUGAAUCAGGUGACAAGCCAUACAAAUGUUCCCAGUGCAACUAUUCAAGCAUUAGCAGUGGACAUUUAAAAUCACAUAUGUUUACACACACAGGUGAAAAGCCUUAUAAGUGUUCUCUAUGCAGCUAUUCGUGCACUAGAAAUGAAAAUUUAAAGGCGCACCUGUUAAUGCACUCAGGUGAAAGACCAUUCAAGUGUUCUAUGUGCAGCUAUUCUUGUACCAGAAAUGGAGUUCUAAAAAUACAUAUGCGACGGCAUACUGGUGUUAGACCUUACAAAUGUUCUCUGUGUAGCUAUUCAAGCACUAGCAGUCUACAUUUAAAGACUCAUAUGUUCACACACACUGGUGAAAAACCAUUUAAGUGUUUUUUCUGCAGCUUUUCCAGCACUAGUAGUAGAAAUUUAAGGACACAUACGUUAAGGCACACUGGAGAGAAACGUUAUAAGUGUUCCGUUUGCAACUACGCAUGCAACAUUAGUGCAAAUAUUAAAAACCAUAUGUUAACACACACAGGUGGUAAACGUUAUAAAUGUACACUGUGUAGCUAUUCAUGCAUAAGAAGUUCCUCUCUAAAGGCACACAUGUCAAUUCAUACAGGUGUAAAACCAUACAAUUGUUCCUUAUGCAGCUAUUCUUGCAGUGCAAGGGACAGUUUUAAGUUGCAUAUGUCAUCGCACACAGGUGACAAGCCAUACAAGUGUUCCUUAUGCAGCUAUUCAUGCAUUAAUAACUGGUAUUUAAAGGUACAUAUGGUAAAGCACUCGGGCGAAAAACCUUUCAAGUGUUCUCUCUGCGACUAUUCCUCCAGUAGAAAUCACAAUCUAAAGUCACAUUUGUUAAUGCAUUCAAAUGAAAAACCAUACAAGUGUUCCACGUGCACCUAUUCAAGUACAAGAAGUGGUGAUUUAAAGACGCACAUGUUAAAUCAUUUAGGCGAAAAACCUUACAAAUGUUCUGACUGUUCUUAUUCUUGCACUAGUAGUAACAGUUUGAAGAUUCACAUGUUAAUACACAGUGGAGAAAAACCUCAUAAGUGUUCUUUGUGCAGCUAUGCAGGUACAAGAAGUGGAGAUUUAAGAACACACAUGUUAACACAUACAAGUGAAAAACCUUGUAAGUGUCAUCUCUGCGACUAUUCCUGUUCUAGAAAUGCAGAAAUGAAGGCACAUAUGUUAAUGCACAAAAAUGAAAAACCUUUCAAGUGUUCAUUGUGCAACUAUGCAACUACUACAAAUUCAAGUUUAAAGAUACAUUUAAUAAGGCACACAGGCGAAAAGACUUUCAAAUGUUCCCUUUGCAGUUGUUCAUAUACUAGCAGUUCAAAUUUAAAGGCUCAUAUACUUACACACACUGGAGAAAAACCUUACAAAUGUUCUAUGUGCAGCUAUGCGACUAAUAGAAGUGGAAAUUUAAAGUUACAUAUGUUAACACACACAGGUGAAAAACCUUUUAAAUGUUCCAUCUGCACUUAUGCAUGUACUAAAAGUGGAGAUUUGAAGAAACAUGAGAGCACACACAUACGAAAACCAUUGGAAUGGUUUCCUAUUCAACUGUUCGAGCACUAAUAAUAGGAAUUUAAAGAAAUGUGUUCCUUUUACAACUGUUUAUGCAGUAGGCAGUGCUUGAGGUGAUCUAUAAAUUAUUGUAAAACCUCAUUACAUAUUUGCAGGGGAAGAUUGAUGAUUUAGGAAUUGAAUUUACAUAAAAAUUAAAAAUGUUGAACAAUAUCAAUAUUGGUAUGUCUUCCACAAUCUGAAAUAAACAAAAGAGGAUAUACAUGCACAUGUACAUAGAGAAAGUGAACAUUGAACAAUGUUAAUCUUUAGCAUUGAUAGACCACUUUAAGUGAGCCAGCAGCAGUGAGCGAUAGUAGAACAUAUCACAGGUCUAUUAUUGUGAGGUUCACUUGCUACUGUAAUCGUUACUGUAUGUACUUGAUGAAGAAUCUCUUGAAAGAAAAGUGACAUAACAACAUGAGAGGAUCUUCUUCUAUGGGGUUGUCUACUGCCAUGCACUUAAGCCUCAAGGGCCUUUUGCGCACCCCAGAAGCACACCAUGAGGCCUACCAGUCUAUGAUUUCAGCAGUUCCACAAACUGCUGAAAACGACCUAUCAGGUCCUCCUGGGGAAAUUCACCACCCUUGUCCAAACUACCAAAGAUGGCAAACCGCUUCCUUUGCUAUUGAAGGACAAUCAAAGAGCAAGUGUUUAGCAGUUCAUCCUGCUCAUCACACAUUCUACAGAGCGGAUCCUCCUGAAGGAUGCCGACUCUGUGAAGAUGCUUCCUCAGGUAACCAUGUCCCGUGAUCAGACCUAUAACCUGAGAAGACAUUGAUCUAUUUAGUGAGAGAAGGUCAGACGCCACUCUGGAGGAAGGUGACUGGAGUACCAUUCUGCUCGUUCUCAUGCCCGGAGAGAGGAUCUUACUGUCAAUUGGCUUCGGAUUUUCAAGACUGUGACAGAAAAAUGUUUCAACAAAACGUAUAAAUUUUUUAU